GGCUGUAUAAACCCAGUGGACGUUAAACUAUUUACAGCCUAGCGGAAUAUAGAGUGGGGCCCGUGUGGAGACCAUGCCAGAUAUAGCGUGCGCUAGCCUAAAAAGGACAUCACGUGUUACCAGCAGCCUUCUCCACCGUUCGACAUCUUCACCAGGAGGUUGCCGCUGUCUCACCAGUCUGCAGAGUGGAACUGCAAUACGGUCUAAACUUACAUCGUGAUUGCGAUUAUUCCAAGCUGUCAUGGCGUCGAAUGGGACUAGUCUCCGCAGGUCCUGUCACGGCUGCGUUAAGGUCAAGCGUCGGUGCGAUCUGUUGUUUCCAGAGUGCUCCCGUUGCGUCAAGAAGGGCGUUCGCUGUCAAUACGUCAACAUCCCCUUAUCAGCCCAGGCUGGCUCGACCGCAGAGAACAGAGUCGUCAAAUUAGCCCACUCCAAGCAAGCUCACGCCAAGCCGACCCAUGCAACUAACAACUCCAACCCCAACAAUGGAAACGAGAUUAUUGUGCUACGAGCGACCCAAUCCCCGUCUCCCCCAUACGAGAACCACUCCCUAUCAAUUCCCGCCACAUUAGAGAUCGAAAUCAGGAAGCCUCGUCCGCCGGAGAUUAUUCAGAUGGUUGCGAAUAUAGUGCGGCAGACCCCCGUGCUGUUUGCGCAGGGGAAUUCACCGUUUAUCCACCCUUGUCUUUACGGCAAGUCGAUGCCCAAACCUAUUCGAGAUAUGCGUGAUAUAUGCAGCCUGUGUCUUUCAGAUGGCCAUUUGAGUGGGUCAAAGUUAUAUUCGCUACUCCAGCAGAAAAUCAUCAUGCUGCUACAUGCCGCGAGGAAGGCGGCGAACUUUGAGGAGCUCCUGGCAUGUGUCCAGGGACUAGUGUUGGCGCAAUGUAUCCAACUGACCGAUGGCAACAUAGAUGCUAAGUCUAUGGAAAGGCUGAAUGAGAUAAUCAUCUCUCUCUCGCGCAGGUUGUGGGCCCAGGUGCCUACAGAGUUACCUAGUACUAUGACGCCGUGGCGAGCAUGGAUGUUUGCCGAGAGCGUUCGACGCACGAUUAUUUACUCACAUGUCGUAAGCGCAACAGUCUCCCUUCUAAACCGAGGAUAUGCAUGCCGUACGCCAUUCGUUGAUGCACUACCCUUCGAUGUUCGCACGUGGCUGUGGGAGAUUCGAUCAGAGAGCCGUUGGACACAGUUCAAUGCGAAUACGGAACUGCCGAUGGUCUCGCUAUAUGAAUUUACAAACUUCUUGGAAUUCGGGGAAAGCGAAUGCUACUCCAGCUUUGAAGGAGUCAUCGUCGCUACCUGCAGAGGCAAACAACUUCCCAUUCGCAGUGUGUCCGACAUUCUUGAGGCGGUUUGAUGGUGUUUGUGUCUAUCAAUGAUGGGUGUAAUGUUGGGUGUUGGUGUUUGGUGUAGUGCAGUGCGUGGAGUUUUUUUGGCCCCGCGGACAUGUACAAGAUGCAAGAUUCAUUCUUGACACUCUCUCCUUCCAGUCAUUUCCAUUCUUGUGCGAAUAAUCCAGCUACUUCAAUCAAUUCUUAUCUCUAUUGUGCCCCUCAUUUAUCAUCUGGUAGAUCGGUCUAUAAAUUCAGACACUAUUUACAGGGGGUGGCGAGACGGUCCGGCAUGUUCCGAG